UAUGGAUAUAUCAUAUACUCUCCAAUUAUGCUCUCUUCAUAGAGUCACAAUUAUAACCAUUGAUGCUUUCUGUAAAAGCUUAUUCCCCUGUUUCUUCUUAUGGAUCUAUCAAUCAUUCCUCUUGUUCUUCUUGCAACUUUGUUCUCACACCCGUUUUCUCUCUCAGCUCAAGCAACUAAUCCCACCUCUCACAUUACUGUCGUUGGCGCUGUUUAUUGUGAUACAUGUUCAUCCAAUGCUUUCUCCAGGCACAGCUACUUCUUGCCAGGUGCUGAUGUUCACAUAGAGUGCGAGUUCAAAGCAGACUCUCCAGAAACUGCAGAGCGGAUGACUUUCUCUGUCAACAGAACUACAGAUAGAUAUGGUGUCUAUAGGCUGGAAAUACCUGAAGUUGAUGGGGUGGACUGUGUAGAUGGAAUGGUGAUCGAGUCAUUGUGCCAGGCAAGUUUGAUAGGGAGCUCAGCUUCUGACUGCAAUGUUCCUGCUUUAAGGGUAUCAACAAAUGAGAUAUCAGUCAAAUCAAAACAAGAUAAUCUCUGUAUUUAUAGCCUGAAAGCAAUGAGUUACAGACCUUCCAAGAAAAAUAGAACCUUGUGUGGAAACCAAAAGGAGGAGAUGAUGACAAGUCCUUUGAAUUCUUCAAAGUUCUUUCUGCCUUACUUUUCACCAUAUGGUUUUCCUUGGCCUCAAUUACCACCAUUACCUCCUCUGCCUCAGUUACCACCAUUUCCUAAGUUUCCCUUUCCUCCAUUGCCACCUCUUCCAUCUUUCCCAUUCCCUCACUUUCCAUUUCCAAAUCCACCUUCUCUGCCAUUCCCAUUUCCACCACUCCCUCCUUUUCCUCCAACACCCUUUGUUUAUCCACCACCUCCCCCUGCAUUCAAUCUAGGAGAUCCAAGAACUUGGGUGCCUAAUUUUCCUCCAUUAUACCCCCCUCCUUCACCACCUGCAUUCAAUUUAGGAGACCCCAGAACUUGGAAUCCAUAUCCUCCAUCCCUUCCUCAUAUGCCUCAGAUGCAAAGUCCAUGAUAUCUGUUCAAAUUUUACUUUCAAAUUAUGAUUUGUGAGUGGUUUGCUAUUUUGUUCAUAAUUACAUGAACCUUCUAUAUUGUUGAUUGAACCCAGAUGGUUAAUGCCAAUCUGGUUAGUCUGUAUAAUCAUGAGGUAUACACUUAAUAUAUCUAUAAGUCAGACAAUGUUAGAAGGGACAGGGAAGAUAAUUUCGCUCAAUAUAUUCAAUAAUCAUAAUAUAUGUUUUAUG